AUGGCGGCCACGGCCGAGAGCACGGCCUGCGGCACGGCCGGGUUGGCCCUGGAUCCGCGCGGCGACGCGGUCUCGCCGGCGCUGUUGCUGAGCGGCGUGCGCCCUUCCGCUCGGCCCAGCGAGCGCGUCGAGUGGCCCUUGGCCGACACACUGCGGGCGGCUGUCUGGGCCGGGCUGAGCUUCGCACCCUUGUUGCUGCCCGGGUCCUUGGGCGCUUCGCCGCCCGAGCUGGUCUUCUUGCUCUGUCUCCCUCUGUCUCCAUCGCCGCUUCCGCUACUGCUGCCCGGCGAGUCGACUUGCGGGAUCUCCCUGCUCAGCCUCCGGCUGCUGCUGCCGUGGCUCCGCGGGCUGCUGCCGCUGUGGCCCCGCGGGCUCCUGCUGAUAGUCGCGGUGCUGCCGUUCGACCUCUUGCUGCCGCCACCGUCACCGCCGCUGCCCCCGAGGUCUCUGGGCGAGCCGCUCUUGCCGCCGCCGCCGGAGCUGCCCGGAUCCUUCGCCGGCACAAACUCGCCCGAGCGGCGCUUGCCGAUGCCGCUGUCGCCGCCCGACCGACUCUUACCAACGCCGCUUGCCGAGGACCCGGGGCUGUCGGGCGGCUUGGGGCUCGGGCCGCCGCCGCCGCUGCCGCCCGAGCCCGGGUCCCUCCCGCCACUCGAGGUCCUGCUGCCGCCGCCGCCCGAGCCCGGGUCCCUCGCGCCGAUGCCCGAGCCCUGGCCGCCGCUCAUCUCCACGCUCAGCCGGUCCGCCCCGCCUGGCUUCGUUCGCCUCUCCCUCUCCUUCUCCCUCUCCUUCUUCUCCUUCUCCCUCUCCCUCUUCUCCUUCCCGCGCAGCGAGCCCGCCUCGGCCUCGACCGUCGCCGACUUGACCACCUUGCUGUCGGCCUUGACCACCGACUUGACCUUGUCGGCCUCCUUGCGGCCCCAGCUCGACGUCCGCUUCAGCCGCGCGGCCGCCUUUUCGUCUUCCUUCUCCUCGUCCUUCUCCCUCUCCCUCUCCCUCUCCUUCUUGCUGCCGACGCUACUGAGGAACUUGAAGGUCUUCGAACGCGAUCGGGAAUCGCCGCCGUCGGCCUCGCCGCCCUUCUUCUGGUCCUGCGCCGCCGAUGACGAUGACGAUGAUGAUGACGAUGAUGAUGACGAUGACGGCUUCUCCUUCUCGAGCAUGUACUGCUUGAGGCUGCGGCUCGAGGUGCUCCUCGUCCUCUUGCCGUCUUCCUUGGGCGCAGCCGCUGGAGAUGAUGAAGAAGUCGACGACGACGACGAGCCCGACGCAGACGACGGCGCGGAGGGAGUGGGCGCGCCCCCCGAGGCGUUGGCCAGCAUGCGCAGGCGGCUGGCCACGCUCGUACCGCCCGCAGCCUCGGUGCCGUUCUCCCUCUCCCUCUCCUCCCUCGACUUCUGCGCGCCGGUCGUUGUCGUCGCUGUCGCUGUCGCUGCCGCCGCCUCCCUCUCCUUGAGCGACUUGGUCAGCAUCGCGAACGCGCCGGUACGCAGGCUGCGACUCGACGUGCUUCGCAUCUUGGUCGAGCUGGCGGCCAUCAUCUUGCGCCCUUCGCUCACCCGCGAGCUGCCGCCGCCGAUACCGCUGCCGAUGCCACUGCUGAUGCCACUGCCUAUGCCGCUGCCGCCGCCGUCAAGGCUGGGCAGCGAGGAAACGGAGGCCGACAACGCCGAGUCAGCACCAGCGACGUUACCGCCACCGCUGGGCGCCGCCGAUGACAUGAUGGCGCUCCCCUCCUUCUUCUGCUGCUGCUGCGAUGAAGACGAAGGUGAAGGUGAUGGUGCUGGCGCUGGUGGUUGUGCGUCGGACUUGGUGGCAGCGGCGCUCGGCUUCAGGCCGCCACCUGCGGCGGAGGCGGCGGCCCUCUUCUCCUUGGACUCCUUGUUGUUGUCGACCAGGUAG